AUGGCCUUUAAUGCGAGUUACUCCAGGUUAGGAGAUCCUAGACGUAAGUUGAAUGAUUUUUGAGUUGUUUUACCGGUAUUUACGGUUGAUGCGAACGUUCUUUAAUUAUUUGCACGGUGCAAUCUUUUUCCGUUUUAAAACUGCACUGUGCAAAUAUCAGCAACUGUUGGGUUAAAUUUUAAACUUUAAAAAACGGGUUAAAAUAUGUUAAGAUAUACCAACUGGUCACUAUAACAGCUGGUUAUAUUGAGUUAGACAAACGGAAUUAUGGAAAUUUAAGAGCGGAAGAAGACGCGGCCGAAAGCAGCGAAAAGCCUUUCUUUUCCAAAAUUUCUUAAUCCCGAGCCUAUCGUUUCGUUCUCGAGAGGUCAUUUUAUUGUUUUUAGGGCUCUUUCGUGAAAUUUUAAGUACAAAAAAUAUGUUUUUUUGCAAAGCGUUAGCCAUUUUCUUACAUUUAUAUACCUACUACAACAUUAUUGCAAGUUUUGACUUUUCUGCAUUGUAGUUCGUCUAAAUUGUUAUAAUUUCUAUUUUCAGACUCACAGAGUCCGACCACAUCGUUUUCGGCAGGCAGAAAAUUUUUCCCAUCCCGGCCCCAAUCCGGAUAUUCUACUCCAGGUGCCAGAUCAACAAUCUCAACACAUUCCAUCCCAAAAAACGUCGGGUGUUUUACGGGAGUCAGAAUGACGGCCACAGCCAAACUCAAUCGUUUCUUCAAACGACUGGUCAAUAUCAAACAAAUGGACUUUGAAUUCGCGGCGUGGCAAAUGUUAUACUUGUUAACCAACCCACAGCAAGUGUAUCGCAACUUUAUUCAUCGAAAACGUAAGGAUUUUAACGGUUUUUUGUGAUUUCUAGGUAUUAAAAGUUGGAGAAAAUGUUUUGGAACGGUAUGAUUGAUCGUAGACUUAAGUUUUCAAAGGUUUUUAGUAUAAAAGCAAGCUUUAUAUUGAGCUUAGCAGCUGGUGUAAAUAAUAUUUUUGAGAAUUGGCUACUUUUGAUUGAGAUGGCUUGAAAUUGAAUGUUUAAAACUUGUUUUUACUUUGUUAUGCAAAAACUGUAGUAACAGUCUUAUUUUAGGUACAAAAGAUCAGUGGGCUCGAGAUGAUCCGGCGUUUUUGGUCUUAUUGGCAUUCGCCUUAUCAUUAACAUCGAUAUUAUUUGCUAUUGUAUUAAAUCUCAGCAUGGCAGGGUUUGUAAAGUUCUUUUUGUGGAUCGUAUUUGUCGAUUGUAUUGGAGUUGGGCUGGUUAUUGCGACAUUUGCAUGGUAAGUUUGUAUUUGUUAUAGAAAAUGGAGUUUUGUCACGGUUUUGGUAAAAUACGACUGUUUUAGCUGGGUUUAUUUGAAAUGACAGUUUUUUAUAAAAAAAGAUUUAUGAAAUCCAAUUCCAGGUUCAUAACAAACAGAUUUCUUCGACGAGUUCCAGACCAGGACGUUGAGUGGGGCUACUGUUGGGAUGUGCAUCUGAAUGCCUUCUUCCCUAUGUUCAUAUUUAUUCAUGUAAUAAUGCCACUCCUUUUUUAUGGUGAGUUUUGUAUCUGAUUUGGCUCUACAUUACUUUUCAUGACAACAGUGUUUUGCCGGACCGGUCCGGAUUUUCAAAAAUUGCAAGAUUGAAAAUAACUUUUUAGCUUAUGGUUUGGUUUUAAAAAAUAAAUAACUUUUGUGAAGGUCCGUCUUUGGUUAUCAAGUUAUUACUGAAAUGGACCGCCCGAACCGGCAAGACCGAUUCGGUCCGGCCGGUCCAAAUGUUUAGCGAGGAACUUGUAUGAGACGGACAUUCACAAAAGUUAUUUAUUUUUUAAAACUUCAAACCAUAAGCUUAAAAGUUAUUUUCAAUCUUGCAAUUUUUGAAAAUCCGGACCGGACCCGGUCCGGCAAAACACUGCAUGACAAUUUGGUUCAUUUUUCGAAAAAAUGCCAUUUUUAAGCUUAGCGUUUAUUAUCAUGAUGUUAUUGUAGGUAAGCCGGAUAAAUUAUCAUUUUUAGGCUUAAUCGACUAUCCAAACUUCUUUUCCCGAUUACUCGGCAACUCGAUGUGGUGUGUGGCAACGUUUUACUACGUCUACUUGACAUUCUUGGGCUAUACUGGUAAGUUUUUUUUAAAUAUUUUAUAAUUUGAAUUAAGUUUUUAAACGAAAUUUGGAAUACUUUUAUUAUUUACUGAUUUUAACUAAAAAAUGCUAAUAUGUAUUCAAUUUUCAGCACUGCCCAUCCUCAAAAAGACCCACGUCUUCCUAUACCCACUAACAUUCAUAUUUAUAUUCUUCGUGGCGACAGUGGCAGCCGGCUGGAACAUCAGCCAAACCGCCAUGGACUUUUACCAUUUCCGCGCCACCAACACCAAUCGACGGAUGUUGUAA